AUGUCCAAUACUGAUGAGCGUGACGUUAGAUACCUACAGCGAAUUAAAAAGGCUGCGUUGUUUGUUCGUGAAAGCACCAUCAAUCGCAUUAAAUCUAUACAUGAAAUGUCUGUUCGCGUUGUUGAGUCUCCUGAGCUGUUACCUGAUUUUCUAAUAUCUGUGAAGGAUUUAGACCCAUUAUGGGAAACAUUUUUAGCAAAUAAUCAAGCCGUACUUGAGGCCUUGUCGGAUUUAGAUUUGCUCGAUGAAUUUUCUUUAAAUUUAGAAACUGAUACUCGCGCAUUAUGCAUAAGAGCAUUAGCUACUGCAGAUAAAUAUAAACCUACCUUGCCACGUCAAUCACUAUCUAAUAUUAACGAUGAUGGUAAUGAGUCUGUAAUUUCCAAUAAGUCCGGCAUCAAUAGUGGGAUGCGGUCACGUUUGCCUGAGAUACCCCUCCCCUCCUACAGUGGUAGCUUUUCGGAUUGGCCGGUCUUUCGUGAUAGAUUUAAGGCACUGAUAGCUCAGCGUACGGAUUUGUCCAAUAUUGAGCGAUUUUAUUAUUUGUUGGGAUGUCUAAAAGGUGAAGCACUUAAUAGUAUUCGCAACAUUGUUGUAUCCGAGACCACCUAUGAACUAGCCUGGUCAACAUUAGUCGAUAGAUUUGACAGACCUCGACAGCUAGCCACUUUAAUUGUGGACAAGUUAAUAUCAAUUCCGGCACAGUCACAGGAGUCUUUGGAGGGGUUAAAAGAUUUUUUGGUAUUAUUUUCGGAUCAGACAGCAGUAUUGGAGUCAUUGCAAAUACCUAACCUUGGAGAAUUUCUAUUAUUUGCUCUGUCGUCCCGAUGCUUACCAUUAUCCACCCGCAAAGGUUUUGAAGCGGUUAAUUCUGAAGAAUUUCCUGCUGCCUCUGACGUAAUAAAGUAUGUAAAGGGGCGGGUAUCCAUUUUAGAGGCUGUCAGAUUUUCUGGUAGUUCACGUCGAUUAACAGUUCAACGCGACAACAUGAAACCAUCAACUUUCCGAAAUAUAGAUAAGCGACCCAAGUUUGCUUUAGUCGCUGCCAAAUCUUCUGGUGCUCCUAUCUAUAAUUGUGUUUUUUGUAAUGGGUCACAUGGACCAUCUAAGUGUCGAAUGUUUCAAUCGGCUUCGGUAGAAGAUCGUAACACUAUGGUACGAGAGAAGAAGAUUUGUUUUAGUUGUUUAAGUAGCUCACAUUGGAGCAACCGUUGUAAGGAGCGCCGACCUUGUAAACACUGUCCUAGGAUGCACCAUAGUCUUCUUCACGUAGAUAAAUCAGAUGGUGAGACCUUAUCUAAUGUGGUCGGAGUACCUGUAAGCAACACUUCGGUAAUGAGUACUCGUCCAAGGCAUACCGUCUUAUUAGGUACUGCACUAGCUCACAUCAAAGACCGUGCAGGUAUCUUUCAGACUGUUCGAGUUUUAAUAGACUCAGCUUCACAAAUUAGUGCAGUAACCAGUAGCUGUGUAAAUCGUUUAGGAUUGUCAAAGAGAAAAUGGACAGCGCUCAUUUUAGGUCUUGCUGGAGCUAAGGUACCUCUGGUUGAAGGAGUUGUCGACUGUCGACUCACUCCCCGGUAUGCUCCNAGUUGUCGACUGUCGAAUCACUCCCCGGUAUGCUCCACAACACGAAUUACUUGUAAAUGCUUGGGUAUUACCUAA